GGUCAACCACUAAUUGUGCAAGUUCUCCCACUUGAAAAUAUCAGAGAGGCCUGUAAUUGUCAACAUUGGUAAACCUCAACCAUGAGAGAGAGAAUGUGUGUGGGGGGGGGCAGAAAAUCACAUUGUUUGAUUUUUAAAGAAUUUAUUUGCAAGUCAUGGUGGAAAAUAAGAAUUUGGUCAAUACCAAAAGUUCAUCUCAUUACUUUGCUAUGUACCCUUUGUUGGCAAUAACGAAGGCCAAACAUUUUCUGUAACUCUUCACAAGCUUAACACUCGGGGUGUGACAAAAUAUCGAAAUGGUGAUAUAUCGUGAUGCUUUGUAUCCCAAAAGGUUAUCAAUAUGUUCCUGUCAAGAAUUGAGAUAUCGUUUUUGAAAGGUGUCAAUUGAAGAAAAGAAAAAAAAGGCUGCCAUUCACAGUGCUCGACGCCUAGUCCAUUUACACUGGGAACUAGGGUUGCUCCGAUCAUGUUUUUUUUGCUCCCGAUCCGGUUCCGAUCGUUUUAGUUUGAGUAUCUGCCGAUCCCUAGAUUUCCUGAUCCGAUUGCUUUUUUUUUUUUUUUUUUUUUUUUUCUUCUCCCGAUUCAAUUCCAAUCAUUCCCGAUAAUUUUUCCCGAUUAUAUACAUUUUGGCAAUGCAUUAAGAAAAAAUAAAUAAAUAAAACUCAAUUCAAUUGCUCCAAGUAUGUUUUUUUUAUUGUCCAACAUGACAUUGUUCCACUGCUUUGGAUCAAAACAAAGCUUAUCAGCACUGUGCCAUAAAAUAUGUAAACAUGUAAACUAAAACAUGAACCAAUCUUUAAACCAAAACUAAAGACUCAUUUUGUCUGUAACGUUAAAUACAAGUAAAAAAAGGUUUAAUAAAAAAAAAAAAAAUUAAAAAACGCAUGUCCCGAUAUUUUUUUGCCGAUUCCGAUACUUUGAAAAUGACGUGAUUGGACCGAUCGAUCGGGUCAUCUGUACUGGUAACAUUCAUUCAUUCAAAACCAGAGCAUUCACAGUCAUUCGGUCUGAUUUUCGGGGCAUUUAAAGGUCACUUUCUGUUCAUUUUAGGGUAUUUACAGGUCAUUUCCUGUUGAGUUUGAGUCACUGCCUAUUCAUUUGGGUGAUUCUCAGGUCACUUCCUGUUCAGUAACGCAAAAUAAACAGCAAGUGACUAGGCAUGUGCCGGUAUGAGAUAUUGACGGUACGAUAACCGUGACCAAAAAUACCGCGGUUUCACGGUAUUGCAAUUGUAGCUCCAAAAUGUGUUAUUUUGAGAUGUAUGGGUUAAAAAAGAAUAACCUUUUUCCAUUGAACAGGAUUUUUUUUUUUCCAGAACAUAGUUGCAAAUUGGAAUAUGAAUGUAUUGUUAAAAUACAUAAAUUAUCAAUAAAAAAAACAAAUAUUUUAAAUAAAAUUAAAAUAUAACAUAGACUAUACCCACAGCCACAGCUCAAGUUGCUCAAGUUUAGAGCAAGAACAAAAUAAUUUCUAUAAAAAAAGUAAAAACUCUUCUGAAUAAAUUUUUAAAAAAUUUAUACUGCAUAAUUUUUUUUGAGGAUUGAAAUGCUCAAGUGAAGUUCUGCCAUUUUCAGCCACUGUGUCAACUCUAGUCUACAUGAUGUCAUGCCUUUGUGUUAGAAAGAACAAAGAAUUCAAAAGUUAAUAAGUUAGUUCAAAAUGUAUAAGUUAGUUAAAAUGUAAAUAUUGUUGCGGAAAGGUUUCACCUAAAAAAUAAAAAAAAAUAAUUGGGAGUGAGACCUCUCCUUGAUCCAGCGAACGUGGAUUUGUGCUUAGGGCAAGAUCAUCUUUACUCAAUUAACGAUCUUUGAUGCUAUGCCUUUUCUUUUCCCCCUUCAUUCAAGUGAAUCAAGCUUGUUUUCUCACUCUGCGGCUGUAACACUCGACGAAGUUGCUCUCCCAGCUAAGCCUAGGCUAACAUUCGUCUUUUAUAAGCUUUUAGUUAGUUUGUAUAUCGAAUUUCAAAGGAAAAUAUGUGUUUUGUUUUUGGCGAACUUUUUCAUAGUGCUAAUUUGUUUAGCUACUCACACAUGGAAAAAUACAAUUGUACAACGUUUUAAAUGUAUUCAUUUUGUAUAUUCCACUUACCACGAUUUGAGAGCUCAAUAAAUUGAAGAAAAGAACGCCUUAUGUUUGGAGUAUUUGUUUAGGGUUCGCUGGCUGUUUAGCCGAUAGUCACUUUCACACACAGCAACAAACGGGAGGGGGUGAGCGCUACCGCACCACGCCACGUCUGGCUGCAUUUUUGACACAUAAAAAAUGGCGAAUACCGUACUACGGUCUGACAGAAAAUUUUAUUGGUUUUGAAACCGCAACGUUUUUACACCACGGUAAACCGUGAAACCGGUAACCGGCACAUGUCUACAAGUGACUCAUAAAAUACCCCAAAAUCAACAGGAAGUAACUGAAAAUCAACAGGUAAAUGACCUUAGAUGGCCCAAAAUUACCUCAUUGUCUGGCAUUGGCUGCCACUGACUGCCAUAGACGUUCAAUCCGUUUGAAGUCCCAGUUCAAAUGGAUUGGACGUCUGCUAGUGAUGAACUCGUUCCAAUUCACAGCAGAAGCUUGUUUUUCUGUUGAUUAGUUUUUUUGUGGAAUAUCGUAGAAUGAUUUCCUGACCAAUGUAUCGAUAAUCGUUGUAUCGUUAUAUCGUAAGAUCAUCGUUAUCGUGAGCUUUGUAUCGCAAAUCGUAUCGUUAGGUACCAAGAGGUUCCCACUCCUACUUUACACACACACUUGCUGGUAUUUUGGCCCAUUCCUCCAUGCAAAUCUCCUCUAGAGCAGUGAUGUUUUGGGGCUGUCGUUGGGCAACGCGGACUUUCAACUCCCUCCACAGAUUUUCUAUUGGGUUGAGAUCUGGAGACUGGCUAGGUCACUCCAGGACCUUGAAAUGCUUCUUAGGAAGCCACUCCUUUUUUGCCCUGGCUGUGUGUUUGGGUUAGUCAUGCUGAAAGACCCAGCCACAUCUCAUCUUCAAUGCCCUUGCUGAUGAAAGGAAAUUUUCACUCAAAAUAUAAUCAGUAAAAAAUGGUUAGAAAGACUUCAAGACACGCCUUCUAAUAUACUUUUGUUGAUGGUGUUAUAUUGUAUACUAUUACAGUGGGGCAAAUAAGUAUUUAGUCAACCACUAAUUGUGGAAGUUCUCCCACUUGAAAAAGAUUAGAGAGGCCUGUAAUUGUCAUUAUGGGUAAACCUCAACCAUUACAGACAGAAUGUGGAAUGUUUGCCCUGGCUGUGGGAUCAUUUUCAUGCUGAAAGACCCAGCCGCAUCUCAUCUUCAAUGCCCUUGCUGAUGAAAGGAGAUUUUUCACUCAAAAUCUCUCGAUACAUGGCCCCAUUCAUUUUUUUUCCUUUAGACAAGUUUCUUGAGCGAAUCAUGGAAAAUUUUGGCUCCGAACUUCCGCUUUUGACAAAACAUCAAGAGUUCUGGUUGAAGUUAGCAGUGUGUUGACAAAGUCAAAAUCAAAUCAAAGGAACACACAGAUUCUCCAGAAAUGGAUUCAGCACAUUGUAACCGAGGGUACAGGACUUUCUGUGCUGCGCGUGGCUGUGCAUACUCCUGGAAGUGCCUAAAUCAGGGUUCCCCAAACUUUUUCCUGUGAGGGCCACAUAACUUUUCCCUUCUCUGAUGAGGGGCCGGUGUCAGUUUUCAACAAAAAAAAGUGUGACAAUUGCAGGAGUGCCUAAAUGUAAAAAUGUAUUGUUUCUCAGAAAGCCACAAUCAAAUAACCCUUGCUGAAUUCUUCACAGAACAAAAGUAAAUAAAAUAAAAAAUAAUAAUAUAACUAGAGCUGUCAAAAUUAUCGUGUUAUUAAUUUUUAAAAUUAAUCACGUUAAAAUAUUUGACGCUUUUAUCGCACAUGCCCCGCUCAAACAGAUUAAAAUGACAGGAGAGUGUCAUGUCCAUUUGUUACUUGAUUUUUGGUGUUUUGUCACCCUCUGCUGGCGCUUGGGUGCGACUGAUUUUACGGGUUUCAGCACCAUGAGCAUUGUGUAAUUAUUGACAUCAACAAUGGCGAGCUACUUGUUUAUUUUUUGUUUGAAAAUUUUACAAAUUUUAUUAAAACGAAAACAUUUAACAUAAAUGUUAGUACAAGUUAUAGAAAUUUUAUCUUUUAAGAACUACAAGUCUUUCUAUCCAUGGAUCGCUUUAACAGAAUGUUAAUGUUAAUGCCAUCUUGUUGAUUUAUUUUAUAAUAAAUACAGUACUUAUGUACAGUAUGUUGAAUGUGUAUAUCCGUCUUGUCUUAUCUUUCCAUUCCAACAAUAAUUUACAGAAAAAUAUGGCAUAUUUUAUAGAUGGUUUGAAUUGUGAUUAAUUACGAUUAUUUCUAAGCUGUGAUAAACUCGAUUAAAAAUUUGAAUCGUUUGACAGCCUUAAAUAUAAUGUAAUAUAAUAUUAUUAUAUUAUAACACUAUUAAUCAAAUAGAUAAUAACCAAAUAACCCUCUCUGGCUUCUUCACAGAAAAAGCCAGAAAAUAAAUAACACAAGGGGGAAAAAAAAAAGCUGGGGGCCGGACCAAAUGUGGAGGCGGGACGUAUCCGACCUGCGGGCCGUCGUUUGGGGACACCUGGCCUAAAUAUAUGGUUUGGAGGGGAAUGUUUUUCUCACCGACCAGCUACCGUCAUGGACGAAAUUAUUGGCGUUAGAUUGCUCGUUACUGAAAGAAAGUAAUCAGAUUACCGUUACUGACAACACUGGUCAACCAGUGGCGCCGCAAGGGGUGGCCACCCCGCUUCCCAGUAUAUCGUUAGAUUGUUGUAGCAUCAGUUAUGCAUUUCAUCCCAAAUGAAUCCAUUUAUUUUGUUUUGUCAAAUGUAGGGCUGUCAUAUUUAUCGCGUUAACGGGCGGUAAUUAAUUUUUAAAAAAUUAAUCACGUGAAAAUAUUUAUCGCAAUUAACGCAUUCGUGGUACGACUCAUUCACCCAUUGCCGCAAACAGCCUACAAUGGCGCCGUUUUACUUAUAUACAGAGAAAAGAGGCAGAGUGGAGUAGAUACAAGCAUUCAUUGGGGCCGUGCUUUUAAUUGGCAAAAGCUUUGUUAUCUCUCCCACAGCAACUAUAAAUAUUGUCGGAAGGGAUGUGAGGGAAGAAUGACAGGAGUUGAUCUUUUUCUUAACACCAUGUAGUGUACCCAACGCAGAGAAGAUAUAGCAUUUGCAGCCACCACACACAGUCAUUGUUGCACCACUUCCCAUCAUGCAUUUGGGCAGAACAGUUAAGUCGCUACAGUAUCAUUUACUGAAAGCUCAACAAAUACACUAGAUGGCAAUAUUUAGUCACAAAAUACAAACUCACGUUUAUCCUUUAAGAAUUAUAAGUCUAUCCGUCGAUGCCUUUCACAGAAAUGUUAAUAAUGUUAAUGUCAUCUUGUGGAUUUAUUGUUAUAAUAAACAAAUACAGUACUUAUGUGCAGUAUGUUGAAUGUAUAUAUCCGUCUUGUCUUAUCUUUCCAUUCCAACAAUAAUUUACAGAAAAAUAUGGCAUAUUUUAGAGAUGGUUUGAAUUGCGAUUAAUUCUGAUUAAUAAUUUUUAAACUGUGACUAACUCGAUUAAAAUUUUUAAUCGUUUGACAGCCCUGGUUAAAUGUACACUUUAUGCCUAACAUAUACAUAACACAAUAAAACAAAAUUGUUGUGGAACUCAAAAUGUUGACUGGACAGUUUAUGGACUAUGAACAUUAAAUCAUUAGUAACAUGAAAUAUUACACAAUUCACCAAAGUAUAUCAGUAGCCGUGUCCUUAGGUCUUUCUGAUAGUUUUCCCCUGACCUUUUUACUGCAAUAAUAUAAUGAAAACCUGAAAUUAUGGCUUUUAGUUUUGGCCACCCCAAGAUUUUAAGUGGCCCCAUAUGGCCACCCCUUUGAAAAAUUUCUGGAGGCGCCACUGUGGUCAACACAUUAUGAAGUCUAUGGUUUUUGUAUUAUUGAUAAAUCAAUUAAAUGUGUUAUUAAAAACGUAAUGUUCAAUUUGUUUACUGUACUAUAGUUAUUGUUAAAAAAAAAAAAAAAUCAAUAGCAAAAUCUAAUUUUCCGAGCCCAUCUUUUUAUCAUGUUAGAGUGUAGGUGUUCGUUUAUACCAUUAGGGGGCGGUAGGCACGUUUCCUCCAUGAGGAAGCGAGAAGAAGUGUUGGGAAACGCUUGUCUCGCGGACGGUGUCAGCUAUGGGUCGUAGCGGGGAGCUGAGUGAAUUCCAGCGGGGCACCGUGGUGGGAUGCCACAUGUGCAAUAAGUCACUGCGGCAAAUCGCCAACUUGCUCAACCUGCCCCGCUCCACCGUCAACAACGUCAUCGUGCAAUGGAAGCGAGAACGCAGGACGUGUCCACUGCCCCGUUGCGGACGGCCGCACAAGCUCAAGGAGGAGGACCGUCAGGUACUGGAGCGCUUGGCGCAGGAACGGACCUUCCCGUCGAUGGCGGCGCUCACCGCCGAAUUCCGGCGGGCGUCCGGGGUCAACGUCAGUAAGGCCACCGUUACUCGGGAGCUGCGGGAAAUGGGCCUCACAUUACGCUCGUCCAACGAAGGCAGGGUCAAAGAAAGGAAGCGAGUCCCGAAAACGACAGAAGUUUGCGCUGAAGCAAAAGUGGAAAUGGACGAACAACACCAAACAGACAUGUCCCAUCUGGACCUGCGGGUGGGCUGCAUCAUCAGGACCAUGCAGCUCCCCGGAACGGACAGCUUAUACGUGCAGCACGUGGAUGUCGGCGAAGCUCAUCCUAGGACUGUGGUCAGCGAGCGCGUGCCCGUUAAUCUGUUACAGAACUGCAUGGCUGUUCUGCUGUGCAACCUAAAACCCGCACAGAUCCGAGGCGUGGCGUCCCAGGCGGCGGUCGUGUGCGUGAGUUCGGCAAACGGCUUGGAAAUCCUGGCGCCUCCAAAUGGAGCGGUACCCGGUGAUAAAGUCACGGUAGACGGAUUUACAGGCGACCCUGACAAGGAGCUGGAACCCGCCAAGGUGUGCGAGCACAUCGGAUUCGACCUCCGGACCGACGACCAGUGCGUGGCCACCUAUAAGGAUGUACCGCUGGAGGUCGUAGGCAAGGGCGUGUGUCGGGCGCCGACGCUGCGUGAUUGCCAGGUGGUUCUGACGGAGGGGCGUUGGCAGGAAGAAGCUGAGGCGUUUUUUUGAUAGGUAAACUUGGACAACAUUCCCAGCGUGGAGACUAUUUGAAUCUUCAGUUAAGGUUCUUUUGGAAUUGGACUUUACCGUAUUUACGCCAUUCUAAUGGACGCCAUGCCUCAAUAAGUUGCCUUAAUUCAACAUUUUUUUGUUCACAUUCGUAUUAAAAAAAAAACACAUAAAUUAAAGCAACACUUGGUAACUUUUCAAUUUUGGUCAAUUUUAGCGACGCCGGUGGAAAAAAGCGAGAGUGUUUUGCCUUAAGGAAGACUGCAUUUCCCACAAGGACAAGCGCAAACUCGCUGAGUUGUAAAAUCAUUAAUCAUUCCAAAAAUCAAUCUUCCGGUUGCCUGCAGAUGGAUUAAACAACAUUUCUGUGUCUAGCGGCUGUGUGAAGGAUGAAUAGAAAUAAGCUAAUGAAUCCAGUCGUGGCUAAACAAUAGCAUAUGAUGGUUAGCAACUGUGUGGCUAACCACCCCACCCAACACUAACUCGACAGAUUGAUAGACGAGAUCCAAAAAAUCGAUUAUUACAUGCAUCGCGAUUCGACCCGUGACGAUUCGAUUACGAUUCAUAAAGGUUCAAAAACAGUUAUUUUUCCCUCCAUAACUUUUGGUCAGCUGCUAGUAGCAGGCCGAAAUUCAAGACACGUCUGCUGCCCAGGCACCGUUAACGUGCCCACGCACGUUAUGAUGGAUGCUCCCGGUUACUGAGAGAGAGAUUUACUCCUUUUUAAAAGACGGGAAAGUAAAUGUGUGUAUGAGACAGGCAGGUGCAGAAGCGCGACCCUGCACAAGUUAUUUUUUCGAGCAAGAGGGGAAGAGAGAUAGUUUGUUGCUCCUUGUCUUUCGGUUGUGCAGCAGUAGUUUUAAGGCAUUUCAAUUAAAAAAUGUCCUGAGACCCGUGUGCAUCUAUAGACCCCAAUCACCAACGUCACACAAUCACGUGAUCGCUGUAUUGUGCCGCCAUAUUGUCCGUCAUUGUGUGUCCGUAUUGUCAAUGAUCGUAAUUUCUAAAGGUUGAUUCACUUGCAAAUUAUGGAAGCCCCGGUGCUUUCAGACGCUGUAAACUCAUUGGAUGAGUUGCAUAAAAGCCGUUAUUUGGAAAAGCUUCGGUCGAUCCAGUCGCCAGAUCCAUAUUUGAUGCCCAAACCGAUGUUUCCUCCCGUCCGGUCCCGUCCCGUGCGUCAGAGCUCGUCCUGAGACCACAAAAUUUCCAAUCAUACUCCAGUUUAUGUUAUGAUGAGGAGUCGGGUACCCAAAAUCGGCACCGGCCCGAAUAUUAACCCACAUUUGAUCAGCUUAGCGUCACCGUUGUCACGAUUGUAAAAUGAAACUUGAUCGACAACGGGCCUGUGUGUGCCGAAAAAUAGCUGCCCCGCGUGAAAUGUCCUCCCUGACGGGAGCGCUUAUUUAUAACGCUUUAUUGACGUGAAAACAUCAAAUGUUUUCAUGGACGCAUUACAGUAAUGGAUUUACGACUGUAAGAUCAGUUUUAAAUAAUUAAAUGACACAAAAUAUUUGUACUGUAUUUUAGUAACAAAUCGUGGACUAACCAUCUUUGAACAGAAAUGUAUUAGUCCACAGAUUUUUACGACCAUAUCCCAAUGACAAUCACACAGACAUUUAUUAGUUCAAGCAGAGUAAAAUAAUACAUAUUCACGGUACAAGAAAGUCGUUUCAUUGUGGGCGCUCCCGUCAGGGGGGUCAUUUCACGCAGGGCGGCUAUUUUUCGGCACAACACCUGUUGUUGCGCUCACCUUCUUGCUGCGCGACCGUGGCGACGAGCUUCCUAGUCUCCGUCUGAUGAUGUCUGCGAUCGUGUUGGCAUCAUAUUGACGUUUUCACCGCUGUCUAACGGCUGUCGACACAAACGCAUCAUGGACCGAGAUGAACAAACCGUGCUGCUUUAGAGAUUUGCCCUUUUAACAAUGGGCACACAGCAACUAAUGAAAUGACCGUUUAUCUUCUCUGUUACGGCAACCAAUCGCCACACAUGCCUUCACCAUUUUGAUUAAUCAAUGUUAACGAUUGUCAGGAAGGUUUUUGGGUUUGUUUACUAGGCGGUGAUUCCUUAGACAAGCAAAAGAACACGCAGUAAUAGGAGGAAUGUACGUAGCGGUAAUAUGUAAACACGAUGAGCUGACGGACAAUAUGGCGACACCAGUCGGGGGGGAGGAGUUGUGACGUCACGUGAUUGGGGUCUAUAGACCCUACCCACGUGACGUCACAACUCCUUCCUCCUGACUGGUGCCGCCCAAUUGUCCGUCAACACAUCAUGUUUCCCUGUUACGGCUACGUACAUUCCUCCUAUUUACGACGUGUUUUUCUGCUCGUUAACAUUAAUAAUCAAAAUGGUGAAGGCGUGUGUGGCGGUCGGUUGCAAUAACAGAGAAGAUAGACGGAGAAGACGGAGAGACUUGAAGUUCUACCGGAUUCCGAGAGACCGGAGAGAAGAGAACGAGAUGGGCUGCUGCAAUUCGACGAGAAAACUGGGCUCCAAACGAUUACCACAGAUUAUGUAGUAGUCAUUUUAUAUCUGGUAAGAUGCAUUUAAUAUAUAUUUAGAGGGUUUGGGGCUGACAACCACAAUUAAGAUCAUUGCUAGGCUAAUCGCCGACAACAUACACGUAUGUAUGUAGUGAGAGUGCUAUCGCUAAACCAUAUAAACAUUAAAAGCCCCAGCUCCAUUGACAAAUGACAUGAAAUACAUUAGACUUGACAGUGGAUGUUAGCAAGAACAAAAGAUUUUGAAUUGAAAAUUUCUUAACUCACCUUUCCAAGCACAAGAUAGAUUCCUGCCGAAUUUUCGUGGACAAGGACCUGUUUCACCCAACCAGCAAUGAAGUAUUUAUAAGCCUCCAAGCUAAUAAAGUUUUUCAAACUUUCGUGAGAAUAGGCUGAUUUUGUGUGGACAAGAUAGUUGUACAUAUCAGGGUAGCUAGCAGAUGUCAGGCAAAUACGGCGGAGACAGCGGGUCGAAAAACAUCGAUUUAGGCAUCAAAUAUGGAUCUGGCGAAUGGAUAAAGUGAAGCUUUUCCACAUAACGCCUUUUAUGCAACGCAUCAAGUGAGUUUACGGCAUCCGAAAGCACCGGGUCUUCCAUGAAAUGCAUUAUAAAUUGCUCGAUCAAUUGAGACCAUUGAUAAUACAGACACAAAAUGACGGACAAGUGGGCGGAACCAUACAGCGAGCACGUGAUUUUGUGACGGCGGUGGGUAGGGUCUAUAAGAGGUGAGUACACGAACCCUCCUAUACUGUUUAGCCUUUAUUGUUGCUAUUUAUGAGAUGUUAAUCGUAGCGCCGAGUGCUAAGCUAAUUAGCUAAUUCGCUAAUGUGUAUUUCAUAUGCAGAACGUGUAAAACCAUGAGUAAGUACAGCGGUAACACUACAAACAUGCAAAAUAGUACAGAAAUCUCUGAAAACAAAGUAUAUUGGUUAAAAGAAGUCUUCUUUCUAAAAACACUUUGUUUCCAGAAAAUGUGGAAUUCAUUCCACCUGUGUAAAUUUUAUUGUAUUGUUGAAAGAAAUAAGUACUCCCUUUAAAAUGAUUAAUGUUUUUACACUUUCUUGUAAAAAUAAUAAAUAAAAAAAGCAGCUUAAGGGCAGCUUUUUGUUGUAUGGGCAUGUUUCCAUCGUUCCUGUUGAAUCAUUAGGAUAUUUUAAUUAAAUAAUGGACAUAAAUUUGUUUGGCUACUGUAUAAUUUAGUAAUGUGCGAUGCAUCGAUAAUCGCGAUCAUCGUCAAUACCGUGAUCAUCGUUCAGUAAUCGAAUCGUAGCACCUUGGAUUGUAAUCGAAUCGAAUCGUGGGGUGCUUAAGAUGGCACACCCCUACAGAUUGACACAUGCGGCUUCUUUCAAGGUAGUGGUCUCAGGCUUCUCUGGCGAGAUCAAAGCUUCAGCGCUUGUCAAUCAUCGUUAACUUUAACAAGCAAACUCCUGCAAACCAAGAAAAGCAGCAGGACGUAGAGUGAUCGGAUCGGGAUAUCUCUAGUUUGUUGGCUUGUGACUGGCGCUGCCUUGGUGCAGCACAUUAGAAGUAUCGACAGUAAUGAUACUCAUAAAAUGGUAUCGAUACUUGGUAUUGGGACAUAAAGGAUCGCGAUAUAUCGCCUGAUUAUAUUUUUUCCAAGCUUUAAUAGAUAUUGAUGUAACGCUAUAACGUAACUGCAAAUACUGGAUAUGGAGCACCCACAUUGAGAAAGACGCCUUAGAAAAUAUUACUUUGUGAGAUGCAUAUGACAAUUUUGUGGCAUUAGCAGUGCAACGACAGUGACAUUUCAGUGCAAACUUGAGUAUGGUGACAAAUCUUGGAAAGAAACUGUCUCUCAAUCUGUGUUGGCUGUUUUGCCCUGAGCAUAGCCUCAAUCGAUACAAGAAAAAUGAAUGAGGAUCUAAGAACAACAAAAGAAUAUUUUGUGGAAACUGGCAAUGUGUUAAAGAACCAUUUUUUUAUUUGCUACUUUUUAUGUCUGCUUUUGCCCAUAAAAAAACCUCAGACAGCCAUAAUUUGCCAUUUUAUUUUGACAUUUGUUCUGUGAUGACUGUGAUGUUAUUCAAGUAGACAGAUGGCAAACGACAAUUAGGGGUUCUUUGAAGUUCUUGACUUUAACUUCCUACACUUUUUCCACUAUUUUUUUUUUUUUUUUUUUGCAAAUAACAUACACAUGUACAAAAGUGACACACAUUUUGACAAUAAUACACAAGAGUUUACAUGUCAAAUUAGUCGUUUUGAUAGUUUAAAUCGAAUUGACCGAACUUGCACAGCAAAAGUCCGCUAGCUUACAUGCUAUAAAAUAACUUUUUUUUCCCACAAUGAACAAAUCACUCCAACACUUAUUAUUACUACAUAAAAAACUGCUGAAUAGACCUAAAAACUAAAUGACGAAUGCAUAAACAAAUAUAUUUAAACAAAAACUUAUGUCGGCCUUAACAGGGAACAGCUGAUUUUAGCUGAGUUAUAUCGUAUUCAUUGUUGCCACCAGAGAGCAGUCUUUUACCAAGUAUUACCAAGGAUGUUUCUACUAAAAAUAUCCCACUUAAAAUAUAAAAUACAAUUAAAAAGUCAUUUCAAUACUAUAGAAAGGCUUAUUUUGAGACAUUUUUUUUACUCGUUCCAUUUUUAAAAAGUUUUUUAAAAAUUUUGUAGCGCCUCAAUUCUUAAAAAAUAAGUUUGGCAAAAAAUAAAUGCCUUAUUCAUAAUACAACAACAAAAAAUUAUAUGUAAUCUAAAACAAAGAUAACAUUUCAUUCAGUAAUUAUUUUUUUCUAUUCAACAUAAUGAUAGGCAAGUAUCUCAAUUGUUUAAAUAAUAAUAAUAACAAUGAUUAAAAAUCAUAAAGCACAAUUUAACAUAAAACCUAAAACACUUUUGCAACAAAAAAAAAAGUCUUUGGGAAAAAAAAAAAAAAAAAAAAAUUACCCCGGUAGUUAGUACUGUGCGAUACGACGAUAUCAAUAGCCAAAACGAUACAAAACUUUAUUCUACAUUUUACAUACCAUUUCUCUAAAUGGACAUGUUCCUGCAAUGCACAUUUUGGGCCAACAGAUGGCAACCAAUUUGCAUUCUUUAUGCCAAAGUAGCGCCACCAAUCGGCCUCAAGAUGUCUGAUCCCUAUUGGCUCCUUCUGCCAACCGUAUGUGAGAAAUGCAUGCAAGAAAAUUGAACAUAGCAAUAUGAUGAUAAAAAUGUAUUUGGCGGAAAACUCAGGUGACUUGAAGUUCGGCUCUGAGAUCCCCAAUUUGGCCAAAUUUCAAAAUUGUCCUCUAUGCAUGUGUGAUACAUCAUUGGUAAGCUUAAAAUCUGUUUUCUGGGGGAAGAAAAAUUUUGAACUGGAGGGGAUAAAAAAAAAAAAAAAUAAA